AUGAACUCAGCUCAGCAGCUUCUCCGGUCCCAGAGGGAUCUGCUGCUGAACUGGACAUGUGACCACCCAGCACCACUGCUGCGAUGGCUGCGUGAUGCUGAGGUGCUUUCCUCUGCCCACUACCUGUCCUUGUUGGAGAGGUCACCUUCAAAUGCUGUGGCUCAGGCUCUGGAGACUGUCUGUGCCAGUGAGCAGAGCAGCCAAAAGUUCCUACAGGUGCUGAGGGAUGUGCAGGAUUAUUACUGCAGGGAUCUGCAAGUCUGGGUGGAGAGACACUGCAGGAGUGACACAGAUGACACUGAUGGAAGGCCAGAGCCUGUCGCUGUUAAAGCUGAAGUUAAAGAAGAGCUGAAACCUGGCAGGAGCGUAAAAUUUGUCAAUAUCCGAGUUCCCAUUUCUGCCCAUAAAACAACACUUCUGAAACGCACUGAGCAACUAAAAUGUUACUCAGAGGGGGACAGAGAGGCUUCAAACUCGGCAUCUCACAUCGAGAUUCGCUACACUGACCUUUUCGUGACGGAGGAUAAUGACUUUGUUGACAACAAGCAACAUGAGUACUUUGACCUAGCAAGCAGACGAGCUCGCAUCUACGUCCAUCAGGCUUGCCAGCGCAUCCGCCCAUGCCAUCUGUUGAGCCCCCAAGGACCGUCAGGACGACCCCCAAAAAGAGUCAAAGUGAAGGGUAUUGCUGGCAUAGGGAAGAGCGUAGUGGUGCAGCGGCUGGUCUAUGAGUGGGCGCUGGGGAAGAACAUGCGUGAAUUCACCUGCAUUUUUGACCUGCGCUUUAGAGAGCUCAAUCUGAUCGAAGCACCACUGAGCUUACUGGACUUGCUUGGGGACCGGUUCCGGUACCUAAAGACAGUUCUACCCGAUCUUUUUGCUUCACCAGGCUCUUUGCUCUUCAUCUUAGAUGGAUUAGACGAGUUCAAAUUCCACCUGGACUGGACUACACCUGACAGGGACAUUGAUGUAAGCUCUAAGGUGCCAGUGUCAGAGCUGAUGCUGGCUUUAAUCAAGGGGAGCCUUCUUCCAGAGGCCUCUGUCAUUCUCACCACUCGGCCAUCCACUGAAGCUCCCAAGCGAUUCUUCCAGAGAUGUUGUGUGGUGCUGGGCUUUGAGGAGGACCAGGUGAAGGAGUACACCUCCAAGUUCUACAAAAACACUAAAGUGGCUGAAAAAGUCUAUGAUUAUAUCCUAAGCAAUGACAAUCUUUUUGUGCUGUCCUUCAUCCCACUUUAUUGCUACAUCAUCUGUACAGCGAUGGCAGAGUUCUUCUCGGGAGCUCAAGAUGGGGGUGACACCAAGUCUCUGGAGCUAAACCCACCAAGGACAGUCAGUGAGGUUUACUUCUGCUACCUUUUUACAGCAGUGAAGCACCAUGCACUCAAGGGCAGCACAGAGAGGAACACCCCGAGAUCUGAGGUACUCGCACUGGCCAAGCAACAGCUGACAAACCUAGGAAAGAUGGCUUAUGAAAAUCUCCUAAAGAAAAAGAUCAUGUUCGACAGAGAAGACUUGCAGAGGUAUGGUGUUAUCCCUGCUGAUGCUCAGAGCACCUUUCUCUGUCAGAUCUUACAGUCUGUUGAAGAAGAGACAGUGGAGAUGUUUUCUUUCUUCCACUUGACUGUUCAAGAGCAUCUGGCUGCCCUUUACUGCGUAAUCAGCUUCUCAAACCAUCAUGACAUAAUCGAGGCUUUGGAUUUCUGGUGCUUUGGUCAGCCUCCACCAUCCUCCAUUGCCCCAGCUUUACAAAAUAAAGACCUAAGCUUGGACAAGCUGGAGAGCCUCCAGAUGUUUACACGUUUCUUCAUGGGAAUUCUGCGAUCAAGGCUAGCAGGUCAUUUGAAUGGACUAGUUUCUUCACUCAUGGAGCAAGGGGAUGGUCUUCCUGCCAAGCUAGGUUUGUGGUUCCAAGCCCAGUUUAGGAUCAGAAAGCUGGAAAACCAGGAAGCCCUGAAUCUUCUCCACUGCCUGAUGGAGUUCCACAUGAAGGAAGCCACCAGCAUUGCAGCGCCAGAGAUCAAGAAACUUAACCUGUUUAAAAUGAAGCUGAGCGUUGUGGACUGUGCAGCGAUGCACUAUGUGCUGCAGUUUUCUCCACACAAGCUCCAGGAGCUCAACUUAGGCUACUCCAACAUCGGCAACAGAGGACUCAGCAGACUGGGUCCCAUCCUGCAUCGCUGUGAAUCUCUCUAUUUGAGAUACAACUGCCUGGAUAGGCAGGCAGCUAUUUUAGAAUCUGCUGUUUUGAAAUCAAAUGAAUGCCAAGUGAAGAAGCUCUUUAUGUGUGGCAAUAACCUGGGUCCUGAGGGGGUUUUGGAGCUGUGGAACGCUCUGGAGCACAACACCACUGUGGAGGAACUGUACCUGGACAUCACUGGCAUCACAGAGAGAGGCACCGAAAACAUUGUCAACUGCCUCAGCAAAAACACUUCUCUGAAGACACUGACGAUUGUUGGAAAUGACAUUGGAGAGGUGGGAAGGAGGCGGCUGAGGGAGCUGGAGCAGCGUCGACCGGGCCUCCGGAUCAUUGGAAACUUUGUGGAUGACCUUGGUUUGCUCCAGGCCUACCUGGACUGGGUGGAGGAGAUCCGAGCUGACCGGGACCAGAUGGACUCGGUGAAGAACGCGGAUGCUCUGGAGUCGGUCCUCAAGGGACUCCAGGUGUCAGGAGAGGGAGGGGAAGGAGAGAAUGCAGUGAAAGCAAAGGAGCUGCAAACAAGAAUCAUGGAUUUACUCAAGUCCUCUGCUGAUGGAACUGGAGGAAGAUGA